AUGUCGGGUACUUUCACUCUCGAACAAGUGAAGAAGCACGACAAGCCUGACGAUUGCUGGAUCGUGGUAAACGGUGAUGUCAUAGACUGCACCAAGUAUCUACCCAACCACCCUGGGGGGUCUUUGGCCAUCACUGCCUUCGCUGGCUGCGACUGCUCACUAGAGUUCAACACAGUGCACGAUAAGAGCAUGAUGGAACAGUACAGGGAUCUCAUCAUUGGAAAGGUUAGUGAUGGUAUCACUAUGGAAGAGGUCGCCAGGCAUGGCACCCCCAACGACUGUUGGAUCGUCGUUAAUGGCGAAGUGCUAGACGUCACUGACUACAUCAAGGAGCAUCCUGGUGGGGAACUUUCCAUCACAGCUUUCG